GGUUCGUUGAGGAGUAGGAAAGCAGAACGUCGCUACCGGAUUCCCUCAGUCUCCUUUCGUCGGGGUCGCGCAAUCGAGUUGGUGAGGCUCUUCCCCUCCCCCCUUUUCUGCUGUUCUCCUCAAGCUCCGCCUCCUGUGGGGGGUAAGCUUCCCUUUUCUUAGAGCUGAAAAAGAGGAGAUCCAAAGGAGGAGGAAUAUGACCACCUCUUCUGUUUCAAAGGACUACUUUCUGGAGAACACCAGUAGCUAGCAAGUAUCUGAGACCCAGUUUUAAUAUCUGUGCGACUGCCUUGCUGAUAACAUCAAGGUUAACAUGUGAUUCCAGAACUGGACAGAAGCAGUAGCAGACAUGCAUUCCAGCCACACAGCUCAGAAUAGAUACCAGCCACAAGACGCCACUCAGAUGAUCAAGAAGCAGCUGGUGGCCUCCAUCAAGGCCCUGCAGAAGCAUUAUGUAACCUCUGAUGCACUCGUAACCAGUGAUGAUGGGGACGCCAACACCCUCUGCUGUGCUCUAGAGGCUGUAUUUGUGCAUGGAUUGAAGGCUAAGCACAUCAAACCAGAGUCUGGAGCAAAAGGGAGAAAACUUGGGGGGCGUCUACCCCUUCCCCAGCCAGUUUUCUGGGCCCUGCUAAAAUCUAUCACCCACAGAAACAUAAUUUCUGAGCUGGAACACUUGGAUUUCAUCAACACAGACGUGGGCCGCUGUCGUGCAUGGCUGAGGCUGGCUCUGAAUGAUGGCCUGAUGGAAUGCUACCUGAAACUCCUAUUCCAUGAAAAAGCCCGCCUCUCUGAGUAUUACCACUCACCAGCCUUGCUGCUGGACACAGAGGAGGGUGAGUUCCUCCUGAGUUACCUGCAGGGCUUGUCCUCCCUGGCGUUUGACCUGUCCUACAAGUCAGCAGUUUUGAAUGAAUGGACUGUCACGCCUUUGUGCUUGUCAGGCCUGUGCCCAGCCUCAGAGCUCGUGGACCCCCUUGUGGGGUUGGAGCCCCGAAGGAAGGAAUCGCUGGGCUCCCUCUCACAGUCUUCUGGCUCUGAUGAAGCCGAAACUCAUCCUGCCAUCCUGCCUGUCACUAAAAGCCGACAGGCAGAUAAUAAACUCACAGCAUCCAACCUUAGCAUCAGUACAACAGGUUCCUCACAGCUCUCUUCUAGUCUUGGCUCAGACAGCCUUCCUCCUGGAAGCUUCACCCAGAGUCCUGACAGAGGUGAGGAGCCCGUUUCCGAUGACUCUGAACUUGGCAUGGCAACAGCGAAAGACUUGGACCAGUCCCUUCAAGAUGUGUUAGCAGAAUUCAGCAGAGCACAGAGACAGUCAGAAUCCUUUGGAGAGAAGCAAGUUCACAUCCUGCCUGACUCUUCCCCAUCACAUUGCCCCUGUCCUGUUGCCAGUUCCUGCACUGCACAUCUUCCUUCUACUGUACCAACUGAAGAUCCUGCUGACAUCAAACCACCUCCUACCACAGCAAACUCACAGCCUCUGAAUGCAAGUGACUCACUUAAAACCAGUGAAGUAGAGGAAUCCUCAAUACCUGUUAACCCUGGGAUCCAGCAGGCCUCCCAGGUAAUCAUACCAUGCUUCAGCAAAAGAGAAGCAGAUGCAUCCCAGACUCAUCACAACAUCAGAAGAGAAACUAAGACUAGGAUCGACCAAGUUAAUGGCCAUGAGAGAAGCCAUCUAGAAUCAGGACAACUCCUCUCACCAGUUUCACCACCUGCUUGUCCGAAAACAAGUUGGAUCACAGAGGAUGAUUUUUACCUUCCUUCUCCUCCUGAAGAGACAGAAAAAGGCCUUGCCAACUCACACAGUCCCUCACCUGAGAAGCCUUCUGAUGGCCAAUCACUGACAGCAAGCAAUACCCUGGAUCAGGGCAAGCUUCAUGUGUCGUCAUUGGAGGCCGCGAAACCCAAACUGUCCCCUGAGCGAGAAUCGAAGGGCUUUAGUGUGGUUCAUCGGAGGCAGAUGGGUCUCUCUAAUCCAUUCCGCGGCCUGCUGAAGCUGGGAACCCUGGAGCGGAGGGGGGCCAUGAGCAUCUGGAAGGAAUUCUUCUGCGAACUCUCACCCCUGGAGCUGCGCCUCUUUGUGGACAGCGAGGAACGGGUGUGCAUGGAGACCUGCUCCCUGCUCCGGUGCGAGUCGCUGGGGGUGGCUCACAGUGAUGGCCGCUUUGAGCUGGUCUUCUCGGGCAAGCGGCUGUGCCUCCGGGCCUCCUCUCAGGAUGAGGCAGAGGACUGGCUGGACCGGCUGCAUGAGGCUCUUCAGAAAUGCAAGCCUCAACAAGAUGAGGACUGGGAGACUCUGGAGUGCCCAGAGGCAAUAGAGGACCUCGAAGCAAACUAUACUACUAAUGGACCAACCAGCAACUUAUCUGCCUUCUUGCAGUGUGGCGGAACUGGUGAAAAUGGGUUGGACUGGACAUGUGCCUUGGCACCCGAGUCUGAUGCCGUCAAAGAGUCUGUUCUGUACCUUGAGACUGAAAGAAUGUGGGCCCCUUUUGUAUUCUCUUUGUCCCUGGAAGCCUUGAAAUGCUUCAGAAGCAGGAACGGUGAAAAAACACUGAGCAACAGCUAUGGGAUUGAGACCAUCCAGGACAUCCUGCCUGAUGUGAGCCUGGGUGGCCCUGCCUUCUUCAAGGUCAUCACCUCAAAAGCGGUGCUGAAGCUAAGGGCCGAAAGUGCAGAGGAGGCAGCUGACUGGAGAGACUUGGUCCGCCGAGUGCUGAUGUCCUACCUUGAAACUGCUGAGGAGGCACUGACACUCGGAGGCAACCUGGACGGGAACUCACAGACAGUCUUGAAAAACACUGUCAAGGAGAAUGGAUUCCUCCUGCAGUACCUGGUUGUCAUCCCCACAGAGAAAGGACUGGACUGCCAGAGUUUCAUAUGUGCAGGCUGCUCCAGACAGAUCGGCUUUUCCUUUGUGAAGCCCAGGCUAUGUUCAUUUACAGGCCUUUACUACUGUGACAAUUGCCAUCAGGAUGAUGAGUCAGUGAUUCCUUCACGCCUCAUCCAUAACUGGGAUCUCAACAGGCAUCCGGUCUGUCGCCAAGUACUGAAGUUUCUGGCCCAAAUUCAAAGUCAGCCCUUGAUCGACUUGAAGCUGGUGAACGAGACCCUCUACGACCAUGUGGACCACAUGAGCCACAUCUGCAGGAGCCGCGAGAAACUGAAGCUCCUUGGGGACUACCUUGUCCUCUGCCGUAGUGGGGCCCUGAAGGAGAUCACCAAGCGGCUUGAUCACCGGCACUACCUCCUGGAAUGUCCCCAUAAAUACAGUGUGGCUGACCUGAAGCAGAUAGCGGAUGGUCUCUUUGAUACGUUCCUCCAGUCUCUGAUUCAGUUUGCCUCCCAUCACGUCUACAAUUGUGACCUCUGUACACAGAGGGGCUUCAUCUGCCAGAUCUGUAACAGCAAUGACAUCAUCUUUCCCUUUGAAUUUGAGACGACGACCAGGUGUAGCGAGUGCAAAACUGUCUUCCACUGCAGCUGCCAGGAAAAUGCCAAUUUCUGUCCCCGCUGCAUCCGCCGGCAGAAAUAUCAGCAGAAGCUGCAAGUAUCUCUUUGAAAACGACCUCUGGGCGCGCCACUGCUUCAAGUGGAUCAGGCCAAGGCAACCCUGAGGGCACUUGGAAAAGGAUAAGACUAGCAGAGACGCGCGGAGCAGCCGCCCUGCCCUAGUCAUGCGUCACUUUCCACUUGGAGCACAGUGCGCAGUGAUCACACGAUGCUUCAUCAUCUUCAGCGACCUCAGCUGUUGGGAAGGGAGCUCACAGAGAGCAGGUGGGGAGGGCAGGGUGGUGGCUGCUGCUGCUCUGAGAGCCAGGUCCUUUUCUCCUCCCGGCGUGUUCUGCUGCCUUUCCAGAGAGGCGCUUCCUUUUCUCACAUGCUGCAAGAACUGGAUACUUAUGACAUGUGUGAAGCAAGGACUCCCAGGGAGACGAAGCUUUAGUGGACAUUUUGAUGCAAGCCACAAAGAGUAGUUUUGUUUUUCAAUGAACACACUUUGUAGCAAAGUUUGUGUGCCUUCUGCACUUUACAGACUACCCCCCGCCCACAAAUGCCACGUGCCAAAUGUCUGCUGAAUCCUCUGGGAACACAUUCCAUCCUUCCAACUCCUGGUGUCCUCUAAGCACAGUGGCCUUUUUACAACUGAUAAACCACUCUCCUCCUCCUUUUUUUAAUGCAAAGCUAAUGGAUCAAGAGAUGAUUUCUUAUUUUCCUUUUACUCUUCUAUGCAGAUAAAUAAAGUUUAUUUAACAAGGAACUAACCCA